AUGGACCUCAACAGCCUCUCACCCCAGGAGACCCAGAGAUUUUUGGUAGCUGUCCUAUGUCUAUGUGCAGUCCAGGUCACCGACGGGUUGAGAAUACGUACUAGGGUGCCACAGCCACCAGCACCACGCAAAAAGGAUGGCAGGGCAGGGUGGAUUUGGGGUCGGGAGUGGCUGACACAGUGGCAACUACAUGGGGACUACGACCAGCUGCUACAAGAACUGAACAAGGAGGACCGCAAAGGACACAAGAACUUUCUACGAAUCUACCCUGAAUUGUUCGAGGAGAUGGUCGAAAGGCUGACGCCCCUGUUGAAGAAGAACACGAACAUGCGGCGUGCACAAGAGGUGGGACUCAAGUUGGUGGUCACUCUCCGCCACCUGGCAAGUGGGAACGACUAUACAAGCCUGCAAUACAGCUUCAGAGUCUCCAAGAGUUCCAUAUGCCGAUUUAUCCCAAUAGUCUGCCAACCCAUUAUCGAUAUAUACAAACCAGAAGUAAUGAAGUGCCCCAAGACACCAGAAGAAUGCAAUGUCGUACCAAAACGCUUCGCCUCCAAGUGGAACUACUUCAAUUGUGUGGGAGCCCUGGAUGGGAAGCACAUUACAAUCAAGAAACCCAAAGGUGGAGGAUCACUGUAUUUCAAUUACAAGAAGUUUCACAGCAUCGUCCUCAUGGCCCUCUCCGAUGCAAAGGCCAUCGCAAACAACCGAGCAGGACUCCCACAAGACAGAAAUCUGCCCAAUGACGACGAACCCAUCCCCUUCCACAUAGUCGACGACGAUGCGUUCGCUCUCAAUACGUGGUUGAUGAAGCCCUACUCCCACCAUUCACAAGAUCCCACCGAACAAAUAUACAGCAACAGAUUAUUUCGUGCUCGUAGUGUGGUGGAAAACGCAUUCGGCCUGCUGCAGAUGAGAUGGCGAGUCUUCGGGACGACGAUGCAACAGGACGUAUAG